CAGCUGCCGAUCCACGUUCACUUCAGUUGGUUUUACUUUUCGCUAAGAUAAAAACGUUUGAGUACUCGUAUUUUAUCAACAGUCUUAAAGAGGCUUAUUUAUCAAGAUCAGUCUAGUCCAGAUUUCCACGUGUGUCUUUUAAUCUAAAAUGUUAUGGAGAGCGCAGACGUGUUUGUAGUUUAUUGUGAAACCUAAAUAUCAGAAUGUCUGAAGAUGCUAUAGAGAAAGUGAUCGGUCGUUUCGGCAGGUAUCAAACCUUUGUGUUAAUUUUGCUGAUGGUGGGUCGCUUGCCAACGGAAUUUGAACUGAGCAACGUAGUGUUUCUGCUGCCCAAUACGGAUUAUACUUGCUUAGACGAUGGGGUACAGAAUGCGACAAACUAUUGUCCCUGUGAGAGCCCUGACUUUGACACUAGCACGAUCUUGAGCUCCGUCACGAGUGAAUUUGGACUGGUCUGCAAAAGGAAGACACUGUCAAGUCUAGCUCAGUCAAUGCUGCAAGUUGGGAUUGCGGUCGGUAGUUUGUUUUAUGGACACAUUUCUGACAGAUACGGACGAAAAAGAGCAGUCGUGCUUGCCUUGUUCUGCAGCUCCAUCUUUGCGACGCUCUCAACCUUCUCCACCAAACUAUGGAUGUUCAUACUGUUCCGAUUUCUAUCAGGAACAGCCGUGGGAGGAACAAUGCUGUGCUGCUUCGUCAUGAUAAUCGAAUUGAGUGGAAAAUCCUUCCGACCUUAUGGCAUGGGGCUGAUUGAGUCAGCAUACGUGAUAGCGUACUUCUUUCUGCCAAUCAUAGCGUACUAUGCUCGUGAGUGGAGAGAUCUCCAGAAGAUCACGUCCAUGCCCUGGCUGGUGGUCUUUGUGUACUACUGGCUCAUACCCGAAUCUCCGCGGUGGUUGAUAACGGUUGGAAAGAAGAAAGAGGCUGUCGAUGUUUUAACGCGGAUAGCAAAGAGGAAUAACCGACUAACAGAGAACAUCGAAAUAAUUGUGGAUCAAAUAGAAGAACAGUCUCUGUCCAAGGACCAGGAGCACCGCAGUGGAUCCUAUUUAGACUUGUUCAGAACGCCCAGGAUCAGAGUGUACUCCAUCAUAACCCCUUUUGUGUGGGCCAUUUGUGCGUUCACAUUCUUCGGAAUCAACCAGUACAUUGGUCGAUUAGGAGGUAACAUGUACCUGAAUGUGGCUCUCUCCGCGAUAUCCCUUGCUCCGUCUCCAGGUCUCACAGUCAUAGCCUCCCUAUAUCUUAGAAGAAAAGUAACUGUCAUCACGUGUUUUAGCAUCACAGCGUUAUCUUUACUACUAUUCCUUAUCAUACCCAAGUCUAUGGAAGGAGUUAUAUUAGCGUUUGCUUUAUUAGGGCAGAUAGGGGCAUUUAGUGCUUUUGUGUUAAUUUAUUUGUAUACUACCGAAAUAUUUCCCACUGUUAUAAGGAAUUCUGCGAUGGGUAUGUGCUCGGUCUUUGGACGGAUUGGUGGUAUAGCAGCUCCUUUUGUGGUCAAUAUUGGAAUAGAGUGGGUGUCCAUUCUAAUAAUUAGUGUGCUAGCUUUCAGUGCAGCGAUCUCGUGUUGGUUUCUUCCAGAGACAAAGAAUAUAAUACUAAUGAAUUCGAUUGAACAAACUGAAAAUGCUUCUAACCAAAAUGACCGUGAUUGUAAAAAAUAGUAAAAGUAAGAAAUAAGAAAAAUUGUGACGAAAUGUGUUUAACUUGUCCUCUAGUCCUGUUUGCUUUAGGUUAAGAUUAAAUAUUGUUAUUAAAUGACUGCAGAUUUUCUUUGAUAUUGAAGAUAAACCUAAUCAUAAAGUGAAACUGAUAAGAACGAGACAAACUAAGGCGUUAGAAUAACAGAUUCUGAAUUCUAUGUGUAUUAGCUUAGUGUUCUUUUUAUCACAACAAUGGUAGUGAUUAUUACGAAAUCUAACAGCUACCUCAGUACUUUGUCAUAACGUUUUAGUAUAUCAUUGCCUUAGAUAAAAUGGAAUUUACAGAUCUAUAACCUUCCUCAAUGAUGAAUUGUGUUUAUAACAUAGACAGAUAUAAUAAAUAUCACUAGUUCUUAUCUCUAUUUGGUCUGGUCGUCAAGUUAGUCUUAGUAACUAGGUAUCUCUAUGUCAAAACAAUACUAUCGUAAAUAAACGAUACGCAUCGAAAUAACAUCUUGAGAUUAGAUAAUUA